AUGGCAAUUCUAUUUGCCGUGGUGGCUCGUGGAACCACCAUCCUAGCCAAGCAUGCAUGGUGUGGCGGAAACUUCCUCGAAGUAACAGAACAGAUCCUGGCCAAAAUUCCAUCCGAGAAUAACAAAUUGACAUACAGCCAUGGCAGUUAUCUCUUUCAUUACAUCUGCCAUGACAGAAUCAUAUACCUGUGCAUCACAGAUGAUGACUUUGAAAGGUCACGCGCGUUCAGCUUCCUCAGUGAGAUCAAGAGGCGCUUUCAGACCACAUAUGGGUCACGAGCACAAACAGCCUUGCCGUAUGCCAUGAACAGUGAGUUCUCGUCGACGUUGGCUGCUCAGAUGAAACAUCACUCAGAUCCACGGGGGUCAGAUCGUCUUACUGAAACACAGAUGCAAGUAGAUGACUUAAAGGGCAUUAUGGUCCGCAACAUUGAUUUGGUUGCCCAGAGAGGGGAGAAAUUGGAAUUGUUGAUUGACAAAACAGAGAAUCUGGUUGAUUCUUCCGUCACAUUUAAGACCACAAGUCGUAAUCUGGCCCGAGCCAUGUGUAUGAAAAACCUCAAGCUGACCUUUGUUGUUGUGCUGGUAUGCCUGGUGGUCAUUUACAUUAUUGUCUCUGCUUCCUGUGGAGGCCUCACCUGGCCCUCUUGUGUCAAAUGA